AUGCGAUUUGUUCUAUGGUAUGUCUUCGUGCUCAGCUCCGUGAAUGUAUUUCAAAAGGCCAAUGCCAAGUCAAAACUCGGAGAAAAAUCGACUGACUACCCAUAUAAUGAGGUCGUGCAGAAUUUGAUAAAGAACUGGGAAUUGCCAGUCGUCUAUCUGAAAAAGCGAGGUUUUCUGCCCAGAAACUACGAGGAUGCGUCAAGAAUCAAGCCCAACCUGGAUGCCCUCAUGCAGCGAAUAGAAAGAACCAAGCGGGAUCACACAAAGGAGAUCACCAUGAAAGUAAGACCCACAGAAAUGUCGAAAUCUUUCCCAAGAAAUCAACGGUGCUUUCUGUCCUCAACGGGAUCCAUGCUCUCCAAUUUGGAGCAGUUGAAAGCCAUUGAAGGCCAGGCAACGAAGUCCAAGUCCAACACCAAGCCAAGUGAGCAGGAGCAACAGCUGCUGGCCAUGAAGCGGCGCUUGGAAGAGUUGCAGCAGGGUCUGCCAGGAUACCCUAGGCAGAUCAAACUAACUCAAAGAGACAAGGACCCAGUGAAGUCAUCAAAAAGCUAUGAUCAAAUAUUGCAGCGAAUGAUUGAAAAGACGAGCCCCCACUACACACAGCACUCCAAUUCGCAUUUAGGAGCCCAUCAAAAUCAAUUAGCCCCAGCUCCAGAUGCAAACCAAAAAUUUGUUAAUGCGCAGAUGGGUCCCAAAAAGGACACACCGCUGACUUUGGAGCCCAUCGAGUUGAAAGCGUAUAGAGCGCACAGUGCACUCCGAAAUUUUUUGGAUAAAUCUGCAGUUGAUCUGCCCAUAUCUAGAGCAGUGGAGACCCUGAAGAUCACAGCAAAAAUGGAGGCACCUAACUUAGAAUCACAGUUGCGCGCGCCCACAUUUUUAAAUUGGGACAUGAAAAAAGGGAGACUGGACCAUUACUCAAGGGAGGACAAGGAGGCCUACUUGAACCAGUUGGUGAGAGUGUUCGGCCAAAAUAUGGAUUUCAAGGAGCCCACUCAUAAAGGAAAUGAGCCGACUGGUUCCUAGAACCACCUUCCCCUUCCCACCAGCGUGCACAAAAUGC